CUUUUCCACCAAAAAAGUUAACUUCACAAUAUUAUCAUCAUUCAUAUCACCAUAUCCAAUAUUCCUUUAUCUUAAACAACAUUUGUAUCUGUUCUGUAUUAUAUUCACUCUGUUUUGGAGCAAUGGAGAGUCAAAUUGUUCGACGAAGAGUUAACAUGAUUACUGCUCAUUUAACUGCACAUGAUGAUAUUUCCGCCUCCGCUACUCAUCUCUUUCCUAUGAGCUGUAGCAGUAGCUUGAAUUCUGCUAUUCCGAGGAGGUACGAUAACAGAAUGAACUAUGCAAGACAAAGUUCGAGUUCUCAAGCUUGUUUCAUGAGGACUAAUUCAAGUGAACAGGGAAGCUGUACUGAAUCCACCGCGGCUUUCAAGGCUAGUGAUUAUGCAAAGAAGAGUUCUCGCGCCUUUGAAGGACCAAUGUUUUCUAGACCUGCAAAUAAUUGCAAACACAAUGGAACUGUUGAAGAAGCGCCUAAAUUUGCUAGGCCUCGUUUCCAAUUGAAAGAAAGAAGAAAUGAACUUGAAUCUAAUGGGAGUGAAUGGUCUCCUAAGAUGGAUGUUGCAGAAUCUGGAAGCAUGUACGUCGUAUCUAUAGAACUUCCCGGUGUCAAUAUAAAUGAUAUAAAGGUAGAAGUCAGCGACAAAAGCUUAAUAGUUUCUGGAACUCGUUCAACUCAGUGUAAAGUGGCAUCAUACUUGAAUGGCUUGGUAUCAGCCUAUCACAAAAAGGAGAUUGUUCAGGGACCAUACCGUGUUUUAUGGCCUCUUCCAAGUAAUGCUAAUAAAAAUCGCGUCUCAGCUGAGUUUGUGGACGGACUUUUACAGAUUACAAUCCCGAAACUUUGAGAAACAUAGCAAAGACAGAGAUACGUGUAAAAUAUAUACUCGAAGCAGGAUAAGCAACAGGAGUUACCAUACAACAUGAACCAUUUAUAAGUACUCGCACGCUAUUUACUGAACCAGUGUAAAUUGUCAUUUUUUAUGAGCUAUACUUGUAAUGCUACAUUAGUAGGUGUAUACAUAAAUGUUCAUUUCAUGUGUGUUUAAGUUAUAUAUAUAUGGGGAAUAGGUUCAAAUUUACAUUUGAUAAAUUUGAGCUAUGUGAAAUGA